CAUAUUUAUUUUGCGGGCCUGCUACACAUACAAGCCUACAAGCAAACAAGUUGGCCCAGCCCAAACAGAAAUCACGCGCAUGAAGAGAGAUAAGAUGGCGCGUCAAAAUCACGCGCUCAACAUUCGAACGGUUACGUAUGGCAGACUCUUCCACUUCUUCCACUUCUUCCAUUUCUCAAGGCGCUUUCAAAACAACGAAACCCUCUCAUUUUCGAGCGAAAAUCAAGUUUCAAAAUAUAGAAAUCGUAGUUCGAAAACUGCAUCAAAACACCAUCAACCUCUCUGUGAAGAAUCUGAAGAAAAAACAAACCAAGAAUACUCAACUUUCAGAGAAAAUGGCAGCAAGAAACCAAACUAAAGACCUUAAAUGUGCCACACAUCUCCUGAAUGAUAAGUUCAGAAACAUGACUGAGGAGAAGAAGGCGAUUGUGAGGGAUCUUGGAUUCGGUGGGUUGAUGCACAUCCCACCACUGAGGGUGGAUCACCAACUCUUAAGGGAGCUGGCAAACAACUUCAAACUUGGGGAGAACAAACUGAAGACAGGAUAUGGUUCUUUCCAAAUAACCCCAAAAAAAAUAGGUGAUGCGCUUGGCAUCAAUGCAACAGGAGAUCUAUUUCCUGAGAAAGUUGACUAUAAGAAACUUUCUGAUGAUGACAAAAUAAUUUAUAGAAGAUUCCAGGGUAAGACCCUCAAAAGUCUUACCGAUGAAAUGAUGGAAAUCGGCGUUGGCAACGAAGAGGAACGCCUGAUGUUCAAGAGGAUAUUCAUCCUCUACAUACAGAUGGCGUUCCUUUUGCCAACGACGAUAAACAAAAUAUCGCCCGUGCACCUGGUCCCAAUUUUUAAGAUGGACGGCAUAGAGGAGAGAAACUGGGGGGCAUGUUUUGACCUUCAUGAUCAAGGGCAUAACAGACUAUCAAGAGAAGAAGAAGAAGGCAAUCAAUGGCUGCCUCUUCGCCCUGAUGAUAAUCUACUUUCAUCUUUCAAAAAACAAAGGCAAGAACAGUGUUGAAAGACCACCAAAGCCAUGGAUUGCUAACUGGACUAAGGAGCAGUUGGUGGAAAGAAUGAAUGCAGAGAGAGAGGAAAUUUUGGUGAGUAAUCAUAAUAAGUUGGUGUAUUUUAUUUACCCGAAUGGUGCUAACUAAAAUAUCUCAUGUUUCAGGGGAUUGUGAAGUUGGCAGAGACAAGAGAAAAAAUGAGAAAAAAAGAAAAAAAAGAAAAAAAAUAAGAAAUAAAAAAAAACAAAAAAAAGGAAGGCGAGCCCAACAUCGUCUUCGGACACAGAAACUACUGACAGUGACACUUCUACCUCUGAGUCUGAGGCUCAAGAAGACUCAGAGGAUUCGGGAAGAAAACACCCCGGCAAAAAGGGGAAAAAGUAAGUACCAUACUUGGGUGUAAUUUCUUUUUCGGUUUGGGUGUAUUUUGUUUGUCCACGUUGGGUGUAUGUAGCUUAUUAAGCAGGGUGUGUUUCGUUUGCUGCGUUGGGUGUAUAUUGUAUAUUUAGUUGGGUGUAUCUCGUGAAUUCAUUUGGGUGUAUUUUUAGUAUGUUCUAAAUGACAAUUGUUUGCCUUCCAGAAUGGACUCAAGAAAAAGAAAGCAGAGGCAAGAGGAGUCAGAUUCUGACUCAGAAUCUGAAUCUGAACCAAGUGAUGAGUAAUGUCCUGAAAUUAUUACUCCUUUCUUUUGGCUUCUUUAUAAAGAUUUUGUGUAUUAACUGAAGUGUCUUUUAUUGACUUAUAGGAGCGAAGAAUCAUCACCUGGGAAGAAGGAGAAGAAAAAGAAAAAAACAAAAAUAAC